GAAGCUCAUUAUUAGUAGUUUCGUUGAUUCGUUCGCUCGCUCGGUUGAAUACGUUAUUAUAGUAUAGUUACAGUGCAAACAAAAUGACAUCGACAAAUGAGAAUAAUAGCUAUAAUGCCGAUGAGUUGGUAGCCCCCAAAUGGCUAAAUGCGCAGUUUCUGGAGCCAGUGCUGAGUAAAUACGAAAAGGCACCUGAGCUGAAAGUUGUCAGUGUGAAUAUUUCUCCGGCGAGUGCCAAGGGUGACCACUAUGCCAGCAUUAUGUUUCGGGGCAAUGUUUCGUAUACUACACAAAGAGGAAACCAUUCCAAGUCGUUGAUCAUCAAGACAGUCCCCGAGGAGGAGGGUCACAAGAAGGAAAUGCUUAAGGAUACCUAUCUCUUUAAGACCGAGAUUGGCAUGUACACCAAGGUGCUGCCCAGAUUCGAAGAGAUACUCAAGGCAUCCGGCGAUGAAACUCAGCUUUGUGCGUCUUGUAUCUAUCACAGCUUGGAGCCACGCGAGGUAAUGAUAUUUGAGGAUUUGGUACCGCUGGGCUAUACUGUUCUACGAGAUCGGAAUGCAACGGUCGAGGAGAUAAAGGGCGCAUUUUUGAAGCUCGCUAAAUUGCAUGCGGUUAGCUUUAAGAUUCUACAGGAGACACCAGAGUUUCUGAAAGAUUUCCAAAAUGGUAUUUGCAAAAUGCCAAACAUUUUGAACGAUCCAUUUAUGACAACGGGUCUGAGCAAUUUUCUGGAACUGCUCGAUUCGAAGCCAGAGUUUGCUAAGUAUAGGCCGUAUUUUAGGAGCAAGGCGAAUACCCAUAUGGAUCUUUUCGUUGAUAUUUCGGAGGAGUAUCGUAGAAAUCCACAGCCCAAUGGAUACUAUGUACUAUCCCAUGGGGAUUUCCAUCUGCGUAAUAUGAUGUUCAAGCACAAUGCAUUGGAUCAAAGCUUCGAGGACUGCAUGUUACUGGAUUAUCAAAUAUGCAAUAUCUGUCCCAUAACUAUUGAUGUGAUCUAUGCUACUUAUAUGGUGCUGUCGCCGGAGGACCGUCAGCAGAACCUCGAGCAACUAAUUGACUUUUAUUUUUCAAGUUUUGUACAAACACUGCAAAAGAUUGGCUACAAAGGCGAACUGCCAAAUUUUGUGGAAUUUCAGAGGCAAAUGACUCGUCACAAUUUCUAUGAUUUCUUUUUGAUAUCGGCAUUCCUACCCCUACUGCAUGGUGUUAGAGAAAAUGUCAUGGAUAUAACUGAGGCCCUGCAGCAAAAUGAAGUUCGCAAAAAGUUAUUUUUCUUGGAUACCUAUGUUGAAGAUGUCAGUUUUUUGUUGGCCAAAUUUGAAAAAUUAGGCUAUUUUGACUGAUGUCGUUAUUUUGCUUGAUCGUAUUAAUAUCAAACCAAAGAGCGUAAUCUUUUAAUGUCAU